AUGGCAAAAGUCAACAUAACUAGAGACCUCAUUAAUAGGCAGAUCAAGGAGCGGGGUGCCCUGAGCUUUGAGCGGCACUACCAUGUCACUGACCCCUUUAUCAGACGGCUGGGCCUGGAAGCAGAGCUGCAGGGUCACUCAGGAUGUGUCAACUGUCUGGAGUGGAACGAGAAAGGAGACUUGCUGGCCUCUGGUUCUGAUGACCAGCACACGAUUGUGUGGGACCCGCUGCACCACAAGAAACUGCUCUCCAUGCACACGGGACACACUGCAAAUAUCUUCUCUGUCAAGUUCCUGCCUCACGCUGGGGACCGCAUUUUGAUCACGGGGGCAGCCGACUCCAAGGUGCAUGUCCACGACCUGACAGUGAAGGAGACGAUCCACAUGUUUGGAGACCACACCAACCGGGUGAAGCGCAUCGCCACGGCCCCCAUGUGGCCCAACACGUUCUGGAGUGCUGCUGAGGACGGGCUGAUCCGACAGUAUGACCUUCGGGAGAACAGCAAACACUCGGAAGUGCUGAUUGACCUGACAGAGUACUGUGGCCAGCUGGUGGAGGCCAAGUGCCUCACUGUCAACCCCCAGGACAACAACUGCCUGGCGGUAGGGGCCAGCGGGCCCUUCGUGAGGCUCUACGACAUUCGCAUGAUCCACAACCACAGAAAGAGCAUGAAGCAGAGCCCUCCUGCAGGCGUGCACACUUUCUGUGACCGGCAGAAGCCCCUUCCGGAUGGUGCAGCCCAGUAUUACGUAGCAGGUCACCUGCCAGUGAAGCUGCCUGACUACAACAACCGCCUGAGAGUGCUGGUUGCCACCUAUGUGACCUUUAGCCCCAGUGGCACAGAGCUGCUGGUCAACAUGGGAGGGGAGCAGGUCUAUUUGUUUGACCUGACUUACAAGCAGCGGCCGUACACGUUCCUCUUGCCUAGAAAAUGCCACUCCUCAGGGGAAGUUCAGAACGGCAAGAUGUCCACCAAUGGUGUGUCCAACGGCGUGUCCAAUGGCCUGCACCUUCACAGCAAUGGCUUCCGGCUGCCAGAGAGUAGGGGAUAUGUGAGCCCCCAGGUAGAGCUGCCCCCAUACCUGGAGCGUGUGAAACAGCAAGCCAACGAGGCUUUUGCCUGCCAGCAGUGGACCCAGGCCAUUCAGCUUUACAGCAAGGCUGUGCAGAGGGCCCCUCACAACGCCAUGCUCUACGGGAACCGAGCUGCUGCCUACAUGAAGCGCAAGUGGGAUGGUGACCACUACGACGCCCUGAGAGACUGCCUCAAGGCCAUCUCCCUAAACCCAUGCCACCUGAAGGCACACUUCCGCCUGGCCCGCUGCCUCUUUGAGCUCAAGUACGUGGCUGAGGCCCUGGAGUGCCUGGACGACUUCAAAGGGAAGUUCCCGGAGCAGGCCCACAGCAGCGCUUGUGAUGCACUGGGCCGGGACAUCACGGCCGCCCUCUUCUCCAAAAACGACAGUGAGGAGAAGAAGGGAGCUGGGGGGGGCGGAGGCCCCGUCCGCCUCCGCAGCACGGGCCGCAAGGACUCCAUCUCGGAGGAUGAGAUGGUGCUGCGGGAACGGAGCUACGACUACCAGUUCCGCUACUGCGGCCACUGCAACACCACCACGGACAUCAAGGAGGCCAACUUCUUCGGCAGCAACGCUCAGUACAUCGUCAGUGGCUCUGACGAUGGCUCCUUCUUCAUCUGGGAAAAGGAGACCACCAACCUAGUCCGCGUGCUCCAGGGGGACGAGUCCAUUGUCAACUGCCUGCAGCCGCACCCCAGCUACUGCUUCCUGGCCACCAGCGGCAUCGACCCCGUCGUACGGCUGUGGAAUCCCCGGCCAGAGAGCGAAGACCUCACAGGCAGAGUGGUGGAGGACAUGGAGGGCGCGUCCCAGGCCAACCAGCGGCGCAUGAACGCAGACCCGUUGGAAGUGAUGCUGCUCAACAUGGGCUACCGGAUCACCGGCCUGAGCAGCGGGGGAGCCGGGGCCUCUGACGAUGAGGACAGCUCCGAGGGCCAGGUGCAGUGCCGGCCCAGCUAG